AAAAUUGCGAAGCUCUAAAAAACAUAAUUAAAAUAUUCCAUUUGUUAAACCUUUUUUAAUAGAUUUUUAACAAAUUAAAUGUGUAUUUGGAUGACAACUAAACUUGAUCAUGAAAAUCGUGGCUAUUCUAUAAAACAUCACCAUUCUGUAGUAACCUUUUCCUAAGCACACAACAUAUUACAGAUAUGGAAAUAGCCCCAAAACAGAUUUGAAUUAGAGCUACAAAAUACAGCUUCGAAAUUGUUAAUAUUUAAAAAAAAAAAAGGCUUUUUUACCAUUGAAAAUGAGUACAAAAACAUCGUCAAAUUCCUGGAUGGAUUCAUUAGAAAGCCAGACACAGGAGCUCCAUGAGAAGCCAACUGAAAAUCAGAUCAGCUUUUCGGAAUCAACGUUGCCAAGCAACGCGACUCCUGAGCAGGCAGAAAUACAACGAAUUGUGCAGAAGACACUGCUGCAGAUGCAGGACGUUUGUCGUUUUGAGGAUGUGGCAACGAUAAUGAGCUUGGUGGUGCCCAAGGUGCUCUUCGACCUGCACGCCUUCGAUCAGCUGCACGACGAAGUGCAGACCAUAAAGCAAUCCCUGAACUCCUACAUACAGCACUCCAAGGCGUUGGCCGAGGAUAUAGCGGAAAUAUUUCUAGACUUGCACAAUAUUUAUAUGAAGCUCGAUAGUUUGGACAGGAAUGCAACGAAAAAGCCGCGCGAAAAAAAGUUUAGCAAACGCCUGCGUGAAGCUGAGCAAUUCCUUGAGAAUGCCAAACACUACAUAAUCAAUGAUAAGACCUCUUCCAAUACAACACGGACAAGCCCUGCACACAACGAACCCAAGCGGGAGAAGAGCAGCGACUCCACGCAUCAGACACGAACGGCCGAGAGGCGUGCAUUUCUCACCAACAUGAUAAUGGUUAAGAAAUCCGAUUUCUCGAUGGAGCUGAAUCGCAACAAAAACUACUAUACGGAGGCGGAAAGAGUGUUGAAAAAUAAACCGGGCAGCUAAAACGGAAUUUCCAUC